AUGAAAAAUAAUUACUCAAAUCUGUUAGAAGAAAAUACAUAAUUAAAAUAGAACAUUGUAGAAUUGGAAAUGACACUUUAAGAAUUAAUUCGUUAAGAUUCUUUAAUAGAGAAAUGGACUGUAAUGAAAAAUUUUGUACUUGUAUCAACAGAAGUUGAACGUUUGUCUUUGGCCUAUGUUGCAUUAGAAAAACAAUAUUAAUAAUUAUAGAAUUCUAAAGACACUAAUCAAAAUGACUCUAAAAUUAAGAUGCUUAUUACAUAAUUAGAAGAAUUGAAUUCUAUUAUGAUUUCUCAAUAAAAAAGAAUUGAUGAAUUAAAUAAGAAUAAUUAUUUAUAAUAAUAAUUGGUUGAUGAAACUAAUUAAAAAAUGGAAGUAAUUAUGGAGAUAAAUAAAUAAUUAAAAAAUAAUGAAUAAAAUUUACAAUAAGAGAAAUAGAACUUAUAGAAUUAAUUAUUGGAAUCAAAUAAUGAAUUAAAUAAUGUUAUGCAUACAUUAAAAGAAUGUGAAGAUAUGUUUAAAAGUACAUUAACCAAAUAAGAAACAGUAAUUGAAAAUUUAUCCUCAUAAAAUAGUUUUUUAAAUAAUGAUAUUUUAAAGAAAGAUAAAUCUAUUGAAUAAUUGAUGAAAAAGAAUAAAGAGUUAAUUCAAGAUGUAGAAAGAAUAGAUAAAAAAUAUGUAGAAUAAUCAAUCUAAAUGAAGAAAGUAUCUAAAAUGUUUGAAUCUCUAGAAUAAGAAUUCAAAAAUUAUUAGUAAUAACAAUAAGGUAAUCAAUCAGAAGUAUAAAUAAUUCAAUAUCUUAGUUUUACACUCUAACCAAAAGAUUGGAACACAAAAAUCAAAUACUACUUGAAAUUGAGAAUAGAUUUGAUAAAUUAAGUAUAGUAGCUAAAACUCAAGAAAAUUAAUUAAAAGAAAAUGAACAUAAAAUUAAACAAUUAAGAUAAUAAAUUAUGGAAUAAUAAAUACUAAUUGAUGAAUUAAAAAAUACAAAUAAAACAACUAAAUAAGAUGAUGAAAACGAAAUUAAAGAGCUUAAUCUAUAAGUUAAGAGACUUUAAGAAAAAUAUAAUGAAACAAGACAUGAAUUAGAAAAAGAAAGUACAUAAAAACAAAAGUUGUAAUAGUAAAAUGAAUUAAAAGAUAAAGAGAUUGAUAAAUUAAAUAGUUAAAUAGAACAAUUAAAAAAUGAAUAAAAAUCAUUAUAAAAAGUAGUUUAAGAUUUUCAUCAAACUUUAAACAUUUAAAAAGAAUUAUAUUAGAAAUCUUAAGUUGAUUAAAAUAAUUUGAAAGAAUAGCUGCAACAAUUACAGAAUAAUAAUUAGACACUCGAUUUACUUAACAUAGAAGAUUAAUGUUUAUCUUUACAAAAAGAAUGUUAGCAAUUAAGAAAAGAGGCUGACUAUUACAAAUAUUAAAAUUAUCAAUAUGUAUCAUAGAUUGAAGAAUUGAAAUAAACAAAGACUUAUCUGAGUAAUUUGUUGAUGGAUAGAAAGUAUUAUUGA